AUCUUUUUCUUCCUACCAUGGCCCGUACUAAGCAGACCGCUCGCAAGUCCACCGGCGGCAAGGCUCCGCGCAAGCAGCUGGCCACCAAGGCUGCCCGUAAAAGUGCCCCGGCCACCGGUGGCGUGAAGAAGCCCCAUCGCUACCGUCCGGGUACCGUAGCGUUGCGUGAGAUCCGGCGCUACCAGAAGUCGACCGAACUGCUGAUCCGCAAGCUGCCGUUCCAGCGCCUGGUGCGCGAGAUCGCUCAGGACUUCAAGACCGACCUGCGCUUCCAGAGCUCGGCCGUCAUGGCGCUGCAGGAGGCCUGUGAGGCCUACCUUGUGGGUCUGUUUGAGGACACCAACCUAUGCGCCAUCCACGCCAAGCGUGUGACCAUCAUGCCCAAGGACAUCCAGCUGGCCCGCCGCAUUCGUGGCGAGAGGGCUUGAGGAGUUCUGUGAUCCACGCAACCACUUUAAAAGGCUCUUUUUAGAGCCACUAAUCUUCCAAAGAAAGAGCUGAAGCGUUCUUUCGUAACUAGUGGGUUUUAAUAUGUCAGCUAAGGAAUUUAAACUUCUACGUACUUAUCAGAUUUAUCACAAGCAUGCAAGUAUUUGUAUAAGUAUAGUGUUAGGAUGUGAGCUACAAGAUUCCCUGUAAAAUCAGAGGCUGCAUUUGUGUAUGUGGUGUGCAAGGAUUCUGUUUAAUGCUGGGGCUUCCCUCUGGAUUCCUUUUUCUGACAUCCCUCUUACAUGGAAAUUGUACAUCUAUUUAGAGUAAGUUAUCCACCUAAAGACCCGGAUAUAUAAAGCCUUGGUGCAUGGUUACAGUUAAGCAUUUACGGAAGGUGAAAUAGGAUUUUUUAGUAGAUGUGUAUGCUUUGUAAUUGUGAACCAUUUCCGAGGGAAAGGACUAGUAAUGUAACUGCAAAAAA